AUGCAGUUCUCCAUCGCUACUGUUAUCGCCGCUAUGGCUACUUUCCAUACCGCCGCUGCUGACUGGACGGUCAUUGCCUACAGCGAUUCCAACUGCCAGAUGAGCGGCAACGGCAUCUCACGUACCCUCUACUCUACCCAGCCCGUACCUGAGAGCUGUUUCAACUUCGGCGAAGAUAUGCCCAACACAUCCUGCUACCAGUCUACUUCUACUUCCAACAGUGAGGGUUGCGUUGGUGCUCUGGAUCCCCAGUCGGUUUACGCCGCUGGCAACUGUCUUUUCUAUGCCCUGCCUGGCUGCCAAGGAUCAGAGGUUGGAGCAGAAUUGGGUAUUACCUGGCGCGACACCCCGACUUGUGUUCAGGGCGGUAAGCCUUAUGAGACUUCCCAGCCUAUUGUCAAGUCUUUCAGAUGUACCGAUUAG